AAGCACGGCGACCUGUGUCUGUAUUUCUCUUGUGCUCAGCUAGCAGGGCUUCAAAAUGACUUAAGCUACAUCAUGAUGUGUUCAUAUGUUUCUGCCAGUAUUUUCGAAGCGGUGAAACUGAAGAGGUAUCGUUAUUUUGCUAACGUUGAUAUUUGCUUUUCAAAGGUGGUGGCGCCCCGGCAGGAUGCCACAUGAAUGACGAGUUGCUCAGGGUCGGUGCAGUGGCAACUCACAUGGCCACACGCCUUGUGAAUCCAUUUGACAGCGACUGCACUGGCCCUGGCACAGAGCCAACGCCAGCUGUAGCAGCACUGCUGACUUCCUCACAGCCGGGACGAAGCACUGAUGCAGAUGAUGCCGACAUGGACUAUGACGACUCCUGGCAGUGGGACAUCGAAAACCAGGACGAAGCAGCGGCUUCGCAGUGUGCAGCGCCACCAAAUGCUGAAACUGCUCAGCGUGUACCAGAGCCAGCAGCAGCCCUAGCUACAUGCCCACCAGCUCCAGCCCCGCCAGCUGCUGUGCCGCCAGUGCCGACAGCCCGCCGGCGGAUAAACGCAAGCCGGUCAUCCUGCACAAGGGAUGAUGCUGUGAGGAGUGAACUUGGUGCUCGGCUUUCUUCACUCACAAAAGAUGCUCAGAGAAAAAGGAAAGAGCACUUGCUCAAGAUGAAGCUAACGCGUGAAGACCAUGCACUUCGCAUGGAACUCGCUCGUGAGGAUCACAAGGAUAGACUUGAGAAAAGGCAGGCAGAACAUGCACAAAUAAUGGAAAAUCUUAAAGCAAAGAAGGCCCUUAUUGACCUAAAAAUGAAGGUUCUGCAAAAACAGAAUGAGUGA